UAAUAACUGUUGUCUGCAACCUUAAUGUUUACAAAUUUCACGUGUUUAACUUCACAUUCAGAUUCAUUGGUUUAUUUGAAGUAUUUUCAAUUACAAGCCCUGUAUAUCUGAUGGGCUUGACGAAGCAGUAUCUUCGCUAUGCGGCCAGUGAUGUAUUUGGCCUCAUUGGCACAAACAAAGCCAACGUUGUGUAUCUAGGACUGAAUGGCACUCAGGGUAGAUACUGUGCAACUGGGGCUUGUGAGAAUGUCAUCGUGUGGGACAUCAGAACAGGGGAAAAGCAUAUCACAUUGAAAGGUGACAAGCAUGAAGUAACAAAAAUUGCAGCCUCCCCAGACAAUCUGCACAUAUCUGUGGGCUACAGUGAUGGAAAAAUAGUUGUGUUUAACCUCCAGUCAGGGGAGGUAAUCAUCACCUUCAGUGGUCACAAGUCAGCAGUGACUGCCCUUUCAUAUGAUCAUGGUGGCCUUCGUCUUGUUUCAGGAGGGAAAGACACAGAUGUUAUUGUGUGGGACAUAGUGAAUGAGAGUGGAUUGUACAGACUAAGGGGCCACAAAGGGGCCGUAACCCAGGCGGCCUUCUUCAAGGAGAGAAACAUACUCGUCUCCAGUUCCAAAGAUACGUUUGUGAAGUUUUGGGACCUGGACACACAGCACUGCUUCCAGACACUUGUGGAACACAGGAGUGAGGUAUAUGACUUUGUCCUGCUUCGAGAUGAUUGCAGGCUGGUGACAGGGUCUGCAGACAGUGAGCUACGAGUCUGGGAUCUAACACACUCCUCUGAGCAGACUGAAGGCGAACCAGCUGCUAAAAAAUCACGACUUGACAAAGACACAGAGGAAGAGGAGGAGGAUGGUGACCUUGACCUUGUCCGUUGUGUCAAGGUCGGCUCUGUGUUCCGGGCAGGCAGGGACAGGCUGGUAUCCAUGGCAACAGAUAGCAUGCAGUCAUCACUGAUUUGUCAUGGAAGUGAUCGUCAGCUGGAGGUGUUCACACUGCCUGGAGAGGCGAACCUGAAGAAACGUCUCACAAAACGACAGAAGAAAGAGAGGAAAAAAGCAGGGCUGGCUGCUGAUGCUGAAGUUGCAGUAGAGUUGAAACUGGAGGAUGAGAUUUGUAAACAUUCAGCCAUAAAGAUGCCGGGCAAACUGGUGUCCGCACAUACUGUCAACUCUGACAAAACUGGGAUUAAGGUCGUCUGCCUCUUCACCAACAACACCCUCGGUUACUUCAGCCUAGAUGUGGGCUCCCAGAAGGGUGAGAGCCCUACAAUUGGGGUGAUCAGCCACUUAGCCCACCAGAGUGAUGUGCGGACUCUAGCCUUCAGCUCUGAUAACACCGCCCUAUUGUCUGCCAGCAGUGAGUCAGUCAAAAUCUGGAACAGAGCCUCCUUACAGUGUAUCAGGACAAUGUCAUGCGACUACGCGCUGUGCUCGGUAUUUGCUCCGGGAGACAGACAUGUCAUACUGGGAACUAAGAGUGGUAAGCUCCAGAUAUUUGACAUUGGCAGUGGGACCUUACUGGAGGAGAGGGAAGCUCAUGCUGGAUCUGUCUGGUCCAUCUGUAUGUCACCGGACAAGCGAGGCCUGAUUUCUGGAGGGGCAGACAAGCAAGUGAAGUUCUGGAACUUUGAGCUGGUCGCUGAUGAACAGAAUCCUAAUGCAAGCAAGCAGUUGACUCUGGAGCAUGUUCGUACCCUGGCGAUGGACGACGACGUGCUGUGUGUACGCUGCUCCCCGGACCAGAGGCUGCUAGCAAUCUCACUCCUAGAUAACACCAUCAAAGUCUUUUUCCUUGAUACACUCAAGUUUUUCUUGUCAAUGUAUGGACACAAGUUGCCAGUGUUGUGUAUGGACAUAUCGGCAGACAGCACCCUGCUGGUUUCCGGGUCAGCGGACAGAAACAUCAAGAUCUGGGGUCUCGACUUUGGCGACUGUCACAAAUCUAUCUUCGCUCAUGAUGACAGUGUGAUGUGUCUUCAGUUUAUAGCCAGGACCCACAUGUUCUUCUCUGGGGGCAAGGAUAAAAAGAUCAAGCAAUGGGAUGCUGACAAGUUUGAACACAUAACUACACUUGAUACCCACCAUGGCGAAGUAUGGAGCCUGGCUGUCAGUGUGAGCGGGAACAUACUGGCUACUGCAUCACAUGACAAGUCCCUACGCCUGUGGCAGAAAACACAUGAGCCUCUCAUACUACAGGAGGAACGAGAAAUGGAGCGUGAACGGGAGUUUGAAGAGUCCGUUGGUCAGGAUGGAGAGGCUGUGGUGCCUGGGGAGACCAACACAGAGACAGGGCUUGCUGGGAAGAAGUCAAUGGAGACUGUCAAGGCUGCUGAGAGGAUCAUGGAAGCUAUAGAGCUGUAUAAGGAGGAGAAAUACAAGUGGUCCAUAUACCGCCUCGAAUCCCAGCAGGCUCACAAGAAGACGCAAGAGCCAGAACCGCACCCAAUGAUGUUGGCAUUCAAUGUCUCCACACCAGAAAAAUAUGUGCAGAUGGUAGUACGCAAAGUAAAAUCAAGUGAGCUAGAGGAGGCUCUACUGGUUCUCCCAUUCUCGUACGUGAUAGAUCUCCUCAAACUGCUGGACGAGUUCAUCUCAGCAGGCUGGGAAGUGGAACUCAACUGUAGAUGCCUCUUCUUCAUGCUCAGAGUUCAUCAUGGCCAGAUAACAUCCUGUACAGAGCUGGUACCUGUAGUAGAUCACCUAAGGAAAGCAACAAAAGAAAAAGUGCAAGGCCUAAUGGACAGAGUAGGAUUUAACGUUGCAGGGCUGAAGUUCAUUCAGGGACAGUUGGAAGAAUCAGAAGAGACGGUCUUUUUUGCUGAUGCUACAAAGAGAUUUCAGGAGAAGAAAAAGAAAUCAAGGAAAAAGGCGAUACUGGCUGUUAAGACUUGAAUCAUGCAUUGACUUUAGUGUUUUAAUAAAUCUUAUGUACAUGGACAUGUAUAGCUGUUUUGUCAUUGAACAUGUGUACAUGUAAUAUAAAUUAAAUUUACAUCAGAA